AUGGCACGAAAAGGUUCCAAGAAGACCAAGACCGGGUGCUUGACUUGCAAGAUUCGCAAGAUCAAGUGCGACGAAACCAAGCCUUCCUGCCGACGCUGCAAUGACACAGGCCGAAAGUGCGACGGCUACUUGGCACAGGCAUCGGUCGAGUUCAAGAUUCAUGCAGCCCUGCGACAUCAUGGAUCAGACUCCGCAAGUGAGCGAAGGUCACUACAAUAUUUCUAUGAAUACGCUGCGCCUCGUCUAUCUGGCCCUAGGAAGCCUGCUUUUUGGACGUACUUUGUCAUGCAGCUCAGCCAAUCUGAGCCAAUAGUGAAAUAUUCGCUGUUAGCAAUCAGUCACCUAUACGAGGCUCGCGAGAUGCGGGCAAUACCAUCCACUAAACCUUUGCUUGCAUUACAGUACUAUAAUGCGGCAAUCAAAGGUGUGAAGGCUGUGCAAGAUCAGUCUUUAGUCCUGAUUAGACUUAUGGCAGCGAAAAACCCUGGAUACGAGAUCACAUCGUACCAGUCUUUCGGCGAUUGA